UGGGCCGAAGGGCUUGUAUUGUGCUGUAGGUUUUCUAUAUUUCUAAGUAGCUGGGUAGGUUGUUCCAGACAUCUUGGAGAAAUUGCCACAGCUCUUCUGCUGACUUUGGCUGUCUCGCUUGCUUCUGUCUCUCCAGGUAAUCCCAGACAGCCUUGAUAAUGUUGAGAUCAGGGCUCUGUGGAAGCCAAUAUCAUGUAUGGCAGAAUUCCUUGUUUUCCUUUUUGCUGAAGAUGGUUCCUAAUGACUUUGGCCAUGUGUUUUGAGUCAUUUUCCUGCUGAAGAUGGAAGAGAUCAGAAACCUCCCUGAUGGCAUUGUGUGAUGGAUGAGAAUCUGCUUGUACUUCUCAGCAUUGAGGAUUCCACUAACUGACCAGAUCACCAACUCCAUUUGAAGAAAUGCAGCCCGAGCCUUCAGGGAUCUUCGGCUGUGCUUCACUGUUGGCUGCAGACACUCAUCCAUGUAGCACUGUCCAGUACUUCUACAGACAAACUGCCCCCUGCUUGAAACAAAAAUGUCAAAUUUUGACUAGUCUGUCCAGAGCACUUGCUGCCAUGGUUCAGCACCUCAGUCCUUGUAUUUUUGUGUGUAGGUUAAUAUCCCCCCACACAGUGAGAGAGAUGGAUGUGAAAGGCUUGAAGGAAACCCUGGCCUGGCUAUAUUACCAAUAUCUACUUAUCACAUGUAGUUAUGUGCUGGAGCCCUGGGAACAGACAAUUUUCAAUUCAGUUUUGUUCAUCAUCGUGGCAAUGGUUCUAUAUACAGCAUAUGUCUUCAUUCCAAUUCACAUUCGACUGGCACUGGAGUUCUUUUCUGGCCUAGGUGGAGGCCCAACGGAAAGCACAAUUGCAAUCAUGACUUGAUGGAUGAUUUUAAGAAUCAAGAUCUUUCGUUAAGAAGAGAUCCUGUGAAUCUAUGGACUUGCUGAAAACUCUGGGAUGGGUUUUAAACUUACUUCAUGGCUGCAGUCUUAAAAUUCCACCUCAAUAACCUCGAGACUCAAAUAAUGUUGUAAAUAGCAUUCUUUUAAAAACAUCCAGCAGUUAAAGUUGAGAAUCCACAGUCACAAGAAGUGUCACCCAGCGUGACGCCAGCAAUAACAGCCUGUUGGGAGCAAUAGCCACAAGGGUCAAAUAUUUACCCUUCAGUUCUACUUGUCUAAAAUCAAAUAAUUUGCAUGUACAGCAUUGUUUGUGUUUUAUAUGUGUCUUUUAUUCUAAUAGUAUAAACACUCCAUAGUUUUUAUCAAAAAAAUCUUCAAUUUACCAAGAUAUGUUUAGAUAAUUGACUGUUUUGAAACUAAUAGUUUCAAUCUAAGCAAAUUGUGCAGGACUAACAAAUUUCAGGUUACAUGACAGCUCAAAGAUACCAGGCCAUGAAAUAAACUAUGCUUUUGCUAUUGCUUGGCGUUAAAACAUAGGGAUGAUUCAACCAUUCAAGCCUCUUGCAAAGAAAUAAAGUAUGAGCAGCCUUUUUUUUGGCAGUUUAAUGACAAUGAUGGUGAUUACUAAAGAACUCUUCUUAAAAUAUAACCUUCAAUUACUAUUGAAAGGCCAGAAUGUGCUUCCAUGUGUUAUUCUCUCUGGCAUUGUACUCCUAUUGUUGAAAAUACACUGCUGUUGAAUGAUGGGGCCUGUAAAUGCAAUAAAAUACAAGGCAGCUUGUCAUAUGAAACUUUUAUACACAUCUAAGUUCAUCUUAUGAUCUCCAGGUUUCCUUCAUGCUGGUAACAAUUAACCAAAGUACACAAUGAAAUAUUUGUUGCAAAACCUGUAUGUCCAUUGUAACUGAACAUCUAACUUCCCUUGCUGCAUUAUUCAGGAAAAAUCAAUGGUUAUGUAUUAUGGACUUGUAAUAAAGUUUAUUCAAAAUCA